CUUGCACACUAACGGCCUACAAAUAACGCACGCGCGCCUUCUCUUCAUUCAUCGGCCCGUGCAAUAAGGCUCUUGAUCGACCUCUCUGCUGCUAGCUGCAAGCAAGCCAGCAAAUUAAAAUGGCCAGCUCCAGCAGCAGAGCGGCGGCUGCCCUCGUCCUCGCCAUCUCGUUCGCCGCCGCCCUGAUCUCGUCGGCCACCGUGACCGUGAACGAGCCCAUCGCCGACGGCCUCUCCUGGAGCUUCUACGACGCGUCCUGCCCCUCGGUGGAGGGCACCGUGCGCUGGCACGUCACCGAGGCGCUCCGCCGCGACAUCGGCAUCGCCGCCGGACUCAUCAGAAUCUUCUUCCACGACUGCUUCCCGCAGGGCUGCGACGCCUCCGUCCUCCUGUCGGGGUCCAACAGCGAGCAGCUUGAGGUCCCCAACCAGACGCUGCGCCCCGAGGCCCUGAAGCUCAUCGACGACAUCCGCGCCGCCCUCCACCGCGCCUGCGGCCCCAAGGUGUCCUGCGCCGACAUCACCACGCUCGCCACCAGGGACGCCGUCGUCGCGUCCGGCGGUCCCUACUUCGACGUGCCUCUGGGUCGCCGCGACGGGUUCGCGCCGGCGUCGAGCGACCUGGUCGGCACCCUGCCGGCCCCCACCUUCGACGUUCCCACGCUGAUCGAGGCGUUCAAGAACCGGAGCCUGGACACGGCGGACCUGGUGGCGCUCUCCGGCGCGCACACCGUGGGGCGCGGCCACUGCGCCUCCUUCAGCGACCGGCUCCCACCCAACGUGGACGACACCAUCGACCCGGCGUUCCGGCAGAAGCUGACGGCCAAGUGCGCCAAGGACCCCAACGCCAGCCAGGUGCUGGACGUGCGCACGCCCAACGCCUUCGACAGCAAGUACUACUCGGACCUGCUCGCGAAGCAGGGGCUGUUCAAGUCGGACCAGGGGCUCAUGGACCACCCGGCCACCAAGCGCAUGGCCACGCGCUUCUCCCUCAACCAGGGCGCCUUCUUCGACCAGUUCGCCAGGUCCAUGGUGAAGAUGAGCCAGAUGGACGUGCUCACCGGCAACAAGGGGGAGAUCCGCCGACUCAGCUGCGCCGUGCGCAACGCCAGGGCCGCCGCCUCCUCCUCAUCAGCAGCAGGACUAGUCCACACCGCCGCCGACGAGGGGCUCGCGGCCGAGGCCUGAUUACAUAUUGGGAUUCGCCGGCGUACUAGUUGCCUUUGCCUGCAUGCCUGCUUAAUUAAUUGUAUGGUGUUAAUUAGCUUUUACUUGGAGGUGCUGUUUGUUACUAGCACGCUAUGCUGCAAUAAGGAUGCAAUAAGAAGGUGUUUGUUAUGUCAUGCUCCAAUAAUAAGGACGUAAGGAUCAUCUAGUUCUUAGCGCAGCGCCUGAUUUGGGUGAUGGGCACCAUGAUGCACUGAACAAGAUGACCUUGAUUUUAUUUA